CGCAUUCAAAAGUUUUUUCGGAAAGGGCUCGUGCUGCUGAGCGAGAACAUUCCAAACUUUGACUUUAGCUAAACUGAUUAUUAUUAUUAUUAUUGUUAUUAUUUAAAAAAACAAAAAAACAAAAACGCACUCGCCAUGGCUCAUAAACAGAUCUACUACUCCGAUAAAUACAAUGACGACCUCUACGAGUACAGGCACGUCGUCUUGCCGCGGGAGUUGGCCAAACAAGUCCCCAAGUCCCACCUGAUGUCUGAGGACGAGUGGAGGAGGCUCGGCGUGCAGCAGUCUCUCGGAUGGGUGCAUUACAUGAUUCACGAACCCGAACCCCACAUCCUGUUGUUUAGGAGACCUCUUCCAAAGCAGCAAUGACCGUGAGACCCUCUGAUUCUCUGGAGCCUUCCUGCGGAUUAUUCUGGUAUUCAGUGAAUACUUGCGACCUUUAAGAUUACGACCUCCUGUGCAUUUAGCUGGAUUUUUCUCAGCGCCUACGCUCAGUCAGAGAAUCAAGACGAUGCAAAACCAUAUUUCAGCGUGGAAGUUUUUUUUAAAAAGGGGCCUUAAAUAAUGUCGUAAUGAUCCUGCCUAGUAAAAUGAUUAAAUGUGUUCUUUGCUGCAUCUUUAGCAUCGAUAUCAUGGAAGUCACCAUUUUGUGACCAAAGAUGAGAGAGAACUUUUUUUUUUUCUUUCUUUCUUUUCUUUUUUUUUUUUUUUCCCACAGCUUUUAGUUAAUGACUUGUAUUUCUAGCACAGAGUUGUCUGGAUGAGGUGCACAUUCGCCAGGUUGGGAAUAAUGCUUGUGUCUUUUCAUGAUUGAUUCGACUUGUGAAGGGUGAAGUUCUUGAUUUGAUUACCAAGCAAAGCACUGCAACGUGGAAAGACCUAAUGUUGGGGAGUAAAACCACAGAUUUUUUUGUUUUCCUGAAAAAAACAAAUGGUCCUACACAAAUGCUAAAAACAAACAAACAAAAAAACUGCUGUAAUGUUGUAGGGAUUAAACUGUAAAUGUUGAGGCGCUUGUGUACAAAACGUUAUACGUGACCAAUCACCAAGGAGAUAGCAAGGAGCAGUGUUUUGCUGUAGAUGUGCCUUGUAGUGCAAAAUAACGUUAAUUUUAAGAAAGUGUUGACUUUCAGUAACGGAAAAUAACUGUAUUUUAUGUUGCCAAACAAAAAUGACCAUUAUGAAGCCAGCAUGUCUUGUACAAUCUAAUAAAUAUAAAGCUUUUUCAUAUUGAA